CGCCACCGCCGUCUUGUGCCUUGUACAGAGUCCAUUUGAGGUACUUGCACAAGCGCAGCCUUGUCACUAUCAAAUCACUUUCUAUUACUCGAGUGUGUAAGACAGUUGCCCUUGCACUCGACCCGCAUUCACAUCGACCACGACAAGACUCCAUCUACGCUGUGACCAAGGCUACCACUGCCGCCGACAUCUCCCCGCAUUCCACUUUCAAAGGGCUACAGCAACCCCUUCGGAAAGACUACACGAUGGCUGACGUCGACAUGCCUGAUGCUGCUAACAACGCCGCUGAAGAAUCCAAGGGAAAGGCACUGGCCAAAGGAUCCAAAUCAGCAGCAGCAGACGCGGAUAGUAAGAAGAGGUUUGAAGUCAAGAAGUGGAACGCCGUUGCCCUUUGGGCAUGGGACAUUGUUGUCGAUAACUGCGCCAUCUGCAGAAAUCACAUCAUGGAUCUUUGCAUCGAGUGUCAAGCAAAUCAGGGUGCUGCUACAACGGAGGAAUGCACUGUUGCUUGGGGAAUCUGCAACCAUGCCUUCCACUUCCAUUGCAUUUCACGUUGGCUAAAGACGCGACAAGUCUGCCCCUUGGACAACAGAGACUGGGAAUUCCAGAAAUACGGCCGUUAAAAGGAGGAGAUUUGAACAAGAUCCGAGCCUCUGAUUCGAGCACAGCUCGCAGAGAUCCGAUCAAGACCCCAAUAAUGAUUCAUAUCUCAACUCGGCGAGGCUCAGCUGCGGCGGGAGAGCCAAAGAAGCAUGGCAGUGGAAACCAGGAACGGCCUUGAGAUAUGCCUCCCAUAGCUUUGUCGGCGAGGUGCAAGCUCUCAUGCAAGCGAAUACCAAUGGAUCGUGUCAUUGAUUCAUGGUAGCUGUCAAUACAGAGGGCACUUUGGAGUUUGUGGCAGAUAGCGCAUCGAGCCACAUACCAAUGUAAUCGGUUCUUAGGUAGAACUGAAAUGAGCAAUGAGACCUGACCACUGAACAUAUCAUCACUUUCCUGACACAACGAUCCCACCAGGUGGUAGUCUUGCUUUGGACCCGAUCCAUGGCUGAGGGUGCUGAUUAUAGACCGGCCAAGGCGGGACAACCAGGAAUAUCGCAAAGAGCGUGCCUAUAAGACUAAUCCACAUUGUCAAAUAGAUGUCUUGCUGUAUGUAGCCGACCAGAAGAGCAAUAGUCUGAUGAUCUGUCGUCAGUGAUGCACUCAGCUGGAAAGGGAGGAGAAUGAUGAGGGUAUCACUGGGGUGGACAUACAGAUGAAAUGGUCAGAAUGACCGUGGAGAUGCUCUCAGCAAGUCGUUGACCAUGGAAGUCCUGUAUAUGUCGUUAGUGAAUGCAAUGGAUACUGGCAGAUCUGUCGAUCUGACGUGACCAACGGGGAGAGAGGCGUACGAUUUGACCUUCGAAGAGAUGUUGCAGCUGGUUGAUGAUGGCAUCCAUGGUUCGAGGUAAGGGGAUUGUUUCGUUGGGUCGAAUACUAGGCUUCUUGUCUUAAGCAGGUCAACUGCGUUGAACUUGCAAUACGCCAGUGUCGUCUGGCGUAGAUGAGAAUGUUGCUGGGCAAUGUUGAGAUGAGAGGGACGAAGGCCAGUUGGCAUUGGAGACGAAACAAAUUACGUAAUCAUCGCUACGAGGCUUUACGAGUACGAGCGUCCGCACUAGAUGUAGCCUUGUUCAAGUAUCUUGAGGGAACGUGAAGACCAUAGAAUUAAUCGUCGUGGCCAAACCACUACUGUGCCACAUGAACACUCACUACAGUCACAUGAAGGAUAC